AGCUUGAAAAUCAGUGUCUAAAGAGCUUAUUGGAACAUCUGUGGUUUGUCAAAAGUCUUUGUAGAACACCUGAGUUACUGGUGGAGCCAGAGUGCUCCAGAGGCAUUUAAAGACCUCUGCAGCUCAUGAAUGGUGCUGCUGUUAGUGGGUCUGGGGAAGAUGACCACUCUCACACGGCAGGACCUCAACUUUGGGCAAGUUGUUGCAGAUGUUCUUUCAGAAUUCCUGGAAGUGGCUGUUCACCUCAUCUUGUAUGUCAGAGAAGUUUACCCCAUUGGGAUCUUUCAGAAGAGGAAAAAAUACAAUGUACCUGUCCAGAUGUCCUGCCACCCAGAGCUGAACCAGUACAUCCAGGACACGCUGCACUGUGUAAAGCCACUGCUGGAGAAGAACGAUGUGGAGAAAGUUGUGGUUGUAAUUCUGGAUAAAGAGCACCACCCCGUGGAGAGAUUUGUCUUUGAGAUCACCCAGCCACCUCUUCUUUCCAUUAGUUCUGAGUCCCUGCUGUCCCACGUGGAGCAGUUACUGCGUGCCUUCAUCCUGAAAAUCAGCGUGUGCGAUGCUGUGCUGGACAACAACCCUCCAGGUUGCACCUUCACAGUUCUGGUUCACACACGGGAGGCUGCCACACGCAACAUGGAAAAGAUCCAGGUGAUAAAGGAUUUCCCUUGGAUCCUUGCUGAUGAGCAAGAUGUGCACAUGCACGACCCCCGGCUUAUUCCCUUGAAAACCAUGACAUCUGACAUCUUAAAGAUGCAGCUCUAUGUAGAAGAGCGAGCUCACAAAGGCACCUGAUUUCAAAUCUUCCUUGCCUUCAAGCUUCAUCUGAUCUUCCAGUGGAGUAAGAUCUGUCAGAAACUGUAUCUUGAUAACCAUCUCUUCAGCUGGCCUUCUGGGUGAAUGUAGAGCAGCUGCUGCCUCUUUAUUUCAAGUGCUCUUACCACUGUAUAAAGAACUGACUUGGAAUGGGGAGCCAGAGCCUGUUCCUAUCCUGACUUGUGUGAGAGUACAGGUGUUGAUACAGUGCAUCCCUGGGGAGUCAGUACUUUAUUACCAGUCCAGCUCUCACCUGAAAAGGGCAGAUCCAUUGCACACAGGCAGUAAUAGACAGCUAGGAGCUGUCACACAGUCCAUAAGAGCAACAUUUGUGCUAAGGGGGAGCGAGGCCUUAUGUACUGUCUGUCCACUGUGACCAUCCCAAGUAGUCUUCAAUAAAUACCGACUUUUACCCCAGUUGAACUGGGCUGAGUUCUGUCAAAA